CAGAAAUGUGAGGGGUGUACUCACUUUUGUGACAUACUGUAUUUUGACUGACAUAUUACCAGUACUCAGGUGACCGUUUUGACAUGAUUGACUGGUCCGCCAGGGAAAUACUUCCCCACACAAAUGUUCCUUCUCCUCACGAUGACAGCAUUUCAUUCACAUUAUGUCAGUCACUGCGAGAUUCCAUGUUUUUAUUGCACAAUUCUGUGAUCCUUCAACACAGAAAUCACAGGUCCCUAAGUUCAGAGUGGAGCAGUAUGCACUCAUGUUAGGAUUUUUUGAUCGUUAGACGGCUAUGUUAGAAUUGUUUGACUUUGGCGCCGCUCUCCUGAGUUUGCAUUGGUUUGUUUACCAGAGGGUUCAUUCUUUCUUGACAUUAUCACUCGGGUUAUAUAGGAUUUGUUUGUAUGUUUGUUUACAUUCAUGCUCCUGCAGGCAUGUUUACACGGCACCCCCUCCCGACAAAAGACGCUGUCCCCUUUGCCUCGGUACUGGACACCACUCUUACACUGGGUGUGUCUUGUGAGUGCGUGUCCCGGGCGUCCGUCCUGCUUGUGUUAUCUUCUGUUUUCCUGCCCAGCUGUGCUGCUAAAUCCUACAUCUACCAUGGCAGCUCUUCAGGGGGCGGGGGUGGAGAGGGAUGAACACUGGACUUUUCCAGCAUCAACAGUCAUUCUAAAUCCAUGCAGAUUAUCAGGCUUUAGUGUAUAUCAGACACUGGCCUCCCUUUUAUAAAAGUGAGUUUGCUAUUAUAAAUGACCUUAGUGUGAAAGAUGCAAAGCGGAGUUAACAACAACCCUUUACAAAUACUCCGUAGGUUAAUGAAACAACCCACGCCUCUCACAUUAUAGGCAAUUAUUUGCAUUGGCAGGAAUAGAAUGAACUGAAUUGUGGCCUUGUGAACCUUGUCUCCUGAAUAUAUUAGCGUCCACAAGGCCAUAGCAACAGUUUUAUCAGAACCGGUCAGUCUUCUUUUCAUAAAAGAAGAGCAUUUAUUUCUGUCAGAUAUUUCUGUGUGCAGGUCUUGGCUCUGUUGCUUUUCUCAGCAACCUAUGAUUUAAGGUGGGGCCAUACCUUCUAUGUCAUUAAGUGGCUGGAUUUUCCCAAUGGUUUUUAUCGUCUUUUAUCGGAUGUUGUGCAUGAGAACCUUAACAUAUCUCACAACGCAAGACUGAGCUUUUGCUUUGGCUUUUUCUUUUGGUUGGCAACACUCCUUCCCAGAGAUGCACUCAAAGGAGUGUAUGACAUAAAUGAUGGUUUUUAAGGUCGGGAGCUUGCUAACAUCUGUUUUGUGUGACAGACAACCUCAAAUAGCAAAUGUUUUUUGGUGGGGGUUGUAAGUUUUGAAUGAGGUGAUCUUUCAUGCACCGGGAGGUAGCGACAUUAACGACUUGAUUAGCUGAGUCAGCCGUUUGCUGAGUUGUUUGCUCCCCAGCAUCUGUCCGCAACAAUCAUAAAAUGUAGAAUUGGCUUGUGUAAUUAAUUUCCUUCCGGUUUCCAUGGGCAAACAGUGGAUUCUGACAAAAGAUGUAACAUUUUUAAAUAAAUAAUAAUAAUACAUUUUAUUUGUAUAGCGCCUUUCAAAAUACUCAGACACUUUACAGAAGAAUGGAGUUGAAUAAAAGCAAGUAAACAGAGUAAAAGAUACAUUAAAAUACAACAUUCAUUCGUUAAUACACAGCUAAAACAAGAGUAAAAGCGAGGCACAGCAGUCAGGUAUAAAAAGUUAGGCAUUAAAAACAGAUUUAAAGAGGUGGGUUUUGAGUUGUUUUUUGACACUGGGAAGGUCAGGCCAAGCACGGAGUGAAUGGGGCAAAGAGUUCCAGAGGGUGGGGGCAGCGAUGGAGAAGGCUCUGUCACCCCAAUGGGUGUUCCCAAUGUUCAAAUGGGUGAAUGCUGCUUGAACCACAUGCAGCAAUUAACUAUAACAUGGAAACCAUCUGCCUGCAGAUGUUCAAUAUCCCACACUGACAUCUGGCAGGUUUGUGGGAAAGGGUGUCUACUUUUGAGAGACUGCUUAGUUGUGAAUAUGGUGUAUUUAGGUCACUUAGCAACCCCCCCCCCCCCCCUCCUCCCACCUGCCGGGGCAAGCAUAAGGGUCCGGUACAAUGUGCUUUGGAUGGCAGUCAAAGGUCAAAUUGGUUCUUGUCACUAAUCCAGUGGGGAAGGAGCCCGGGCUUGUGCGAGAGGUUGAGACAUUCCUACUAGAGUAUAGCCGCUGUGCUAUCACUUUGAGAAGAGAUAUUUGAGGUGGCUGGCCAUCUUGUUCGGAUGCCCCCCGUACGUCUCCCUGGUGAGGUGUUCUGGACAUGUCCAGCCACUGGGAAGUCCGAACUUCCCAGUGAGACUGUUGGCCCUGCCAUCCGUGAAUAGAGCAAUGGCUUUGAAAGAUGAUUAGGACCAUUUAAUCAUUACCUUCUUUUUUUCAUCUAGUUGAAUUGAGUCCAGACUGGUUUUACUUUUCAUUUGAGUUGAAUACAUUUUCAGGGUUUGUCAAGUUCUUGUGGUUUGCAUUUACGCUUACCUUGCUCUCCCUGUUAGCGCCCAUCUGUGACUGCUUUGCCUUGAAGUUUGAUAAAUGAUGCAUUGGUGUGUCUGAUGGGUUGGACAUCUCUCCUUGAAUCACUGCAAGCAGCGCAACAGGCCUCAUUAGACUUUUAAUAUUUGGGCAAUAAACCACUUCAUUAUCUCCCACGAUACACAACGCCAUUAUGUCAUUAAGACUGACACUAAAAAGAUGUUAAAAUAAGGGGAAAAUGUUGAAAAUUGCUUUUUGUACAUCCUCCUCGCAAAUUCACAAAGACCACCCAGAGGUCCAGAGGAGAUGACAAAGCUGUUCAAUUUGACUAUUUGACAACCAGGGGUUGUGCACCCGCAGUCUAAACAAACGGGACAAUCGUUGGUUAAAAUCUCAGGAAGAUACACACACAUCUCAUAUCGCAACGACAAAGGGUGUAAUACCAUCACAAUGACAUUUGGAUAUAUCGUCACCUCAUUCAUAAAUGAUUGCUGUUAUUAUUAGUCAAAAAUAUUGAAAGACAAGUCAUAUACAGCAUUCUUAUCACUAGGUGUCGGUAAUGUUACAUUGAUGAGACAUAGAUGAUAUUACGUAUAUACCAUGGCAUACUGCAUCUGACAUGAUUUUGUGAAAAAGAAGUUAUCCUCCUAUUCCAUGUGGAAGUGGUAUUUUGUUGGCUUCUUUUGUCCUUUUUCCCCACUGUGUUUGAAACCCUUUCUUUAAAGGGUACCUAUGAUGCUUUUUCCACUUUUCUGACCUAUAAAUGUAGUUAUAAUGUUGUAUUAAACGAUGCCAAAGUUUCAGAUCAUGAGGUUAGCGCAAUUGGAAGCAAGCCCUCAAAGAAGUUUGGGAUGGCUCAAAACGCUCUGUUUCAAAAGGCAUGGUAAAACUUGUGAUGUCACAGAGGGGUGGAUGUCCUUAUAUGGCUUAUAGUUAGGCGGGCCAUGGGUGGAAUAAAUUAAAACAAACGGUUUUGGCAGGAAGCAUGAAGCAAAGGAAAUAGAUUCUGGAAGAUCUAAAAAAAAUGUGGGUUAUUGUGUGUAGCUGCUCUAUAGGAGACCACAACUCAAUACAAAGGGGCGAAAAAUGAACAUAAUAGGUCUCCUUUAACUUUAGAGCAAAUUAAUUGGAGGCUAGCUAGUUUGCUAUAUGCUACAAGCGGCAGGCGCCUCUUAUGUCCCUGCAGUGAUCUCAUAGCCUGCUUACUAGUGUUCCGCAAUGUGAUGUAAACAGAGAAUAAUGGGAGUGUAAAGGUGCGGUCGGUCUGCAACCAAUUAACGAUAAUGAAACGAGGGACAACUGUACUUUAGAGUGGUCAGCGUACAGCUUGUAUCACAGUAUUGACAGACGAUCCCCUUGAAAAUGGCUCAACAGCACAGCUCGCAGUGAGAAUGUAAUCGCACGCGCUCUCGUCGAUAAAUAUUGAUUUAGUUGUUAGGUCUUCACCGUCGCACAUUAGACACAUUAGGACAUUAAUAAGAGCCCGGCAAAAGGGUGCAGCUUAUUUUUAGAUGCUGAUGAAUGACGCUGAGGCCCGAUCUCACAGUCUGUUUACGCCCUGAAGGAGUGGGUGGGCGAUUCAGAGAGCUUCUCCAAUCAAAAUAACAUUUUCAAAAAUAAUAACAAUCAAGCAAAUGUAGUCUUGUAGUUUUAUGAUGGCAACAGUUUGACCCUGGAACAGAUCAUUUUUACUUUCAUUAUCACUUGGUAUGGGAAGGUUCCCUUGCCCGAAAAGUUGCCAAGAGCGUUUACAGUGAGUGUUAUGUGUUGACAGUGUGUGUCCUCUGCUGCCAGAUGUAGACAGCCUGGUCUAAGAGAAGUGAGUCAUGGCUUUAAUUAAGAGGAGGAACUGCCAAGCCAUGCCUCAUUAAACGGCUGCUGGAGAAACAUUCAAACCCAAAUAAGCUACUGGGAGACUUUACAGAAGAACUGGGACUGGACACCUGUCCUUGUCCUCAUGCUUCUGUAAAUUUGGACUGUUGCACCUAAGGACAGGAACUAAUAGACCCUGGGAUGCUCUUUAAAUACAGAUAAAUGCCACCAGUCUUUGGUAUUCGAAGCAUUCGCUGGAUGAAUAUUUGUGUGUGGGGGUGUGUGUGUGUUGCAAUUCAGCAUUUGUGUGGCAAUUUCAAGUCAGAAACUUGCUUCAUGUUUGCAGCGUUCAAAGUUGCUGUUAUGAGUAGUGUAAUGUCUGCUGUGCUGAGAAAGCCAUUGUGGUCGUCUACAAACUACUUUUUUGUUGUUGUUUCUCUUUUGAACUCAUGCAAACUUCAUUUGAGCCAAACAACAACUUUUGUAAAACUUCUUGCUGUGCCUUUUCCAAGAUUGACUUUCUUCAGGCCUCUGAUUGGGCAAAAAAAGCUGUCAAAUUUGCCACUAUAGCGCCCCCAGUGCAUUUGCUCGUUCUUUUUACGAUCAAUUGAUGCACACAGAGGCUGCAUGGUGGUUAGCGCGCAGGCCACACAGCUGGGAGACCCACGUUCGAUUCUCCCCUGGGGCAAUUCUGUGUGGAGUUUGCAUCUUAAAGCAACUGAGACAGCAGUAUAUGGUUCACAUCAGCAUUCAAACAGCAGUUUAGAACAUGCGGACAAAAAGAAACAGUCAAUUUAUCGAAUGCAGGCAUGUAAGCAUCCCCAACAGUGACAUUUUAUUGUUCUUUAAACAUCAAACUGCUUUAGUCAGUUUUCCCCUCAGUUGGUGUCAAGAGAUGAUUAAUUUCAUGAUUUAAUACAGGGCUGCAACUAUAAUUGUGUUAGUCAGUUAAUCAAAAGCUUGUUUCAAUUUAUCACGUAAUCAGUUUGGUCCUAGACGGCACAAAUCAAUAGGAAAGAUAAACCAAAAGACGGUUAGUUUGGUCCACAACAUAUCGGAAAAGACACAAAAAUGGCUGUUUUCCAAAGUAUUGACGCACGGUGGUAGAGUGGUUUGCACGCAUGCCACACAGCUAGGAGACCUGGGUUCGAUUUGCUCGGGCAUCUCUGUGUGGAGUUUGCAUAUAUGUGUGUGUGGGUUUUCUCCGGGUACUCAGGUUUCCUCCCACAUUCCAAAAACAUGCUAGGUUAAUUGGCCACUCCAAAUUGUCCAUAGGUAUGAACGUGAGUGUGAAUGGUUGUUUGUCUAUAUGUGCCCUGUGAUUGGCUGGCGACCAGUCCAGGGUGUAUCCCGACUCUCGCCUGUUAAUAUAAGGUCUUGUUACGAAUAAAUAACAUGACAGGUAUUGCUAAGGUGAAAAGUCAAUGGACAAUUCUAUUCGAUUCAAUAACAGUUCAAUGUCAGCACAUUAGUAGUGGCUGCACAUCUUCUGCCCAUCAUAUGUCACAUGUCUGUUUCUUCUUUCCCCCACCAAUUUGUUUCGCUGAUGGUACAGUAUGAUGCAGAUUCCCUGCAGAUUCCAAGCAUCAGUCAGCUCGGGCUGUGGACGCCUUCAAUGUCGAGUCUCCUCCAAAAGGGGUCAGAGCGGUCGUGUUGGCAGAGGCGAGCAGGCAAACUCGUCCUGCGGCUGAGUCAGCAAGACGUGGGCACACGCCAACGCAGUGCUUCACUGCACUGUAGCGGCAUAUGAAGUGGAGCUUUCCAGAUUUCUUUCAUAUUCAUUAAGCCAAAUGAGUUGGCAAACACUGACCUGAAUUUUCAAACGUGACAUUUGAAUCGCAGUCUGUUGUUGUAAAGCCGGUUCAGUGUGUCCACUACACCAUGUUGGUGUGAUGCAGAGCCCUUAAAGAUGUGUUGGGGAAGCAGGACGUUAGCUUAAAGCGGGAUUUACAAGUGACCCAAUUCAGAGUGGUACUAUUUGUUAAGGAAGACUUAAAAGCACAUUUUGUGUGUCAUUGCGUGUCAAGCACUAUUGGGCACUUUAUUCACUUUUUACAUUUCAAAUUUGCCAUAUAUGACACACAACAACACAACAUUAAGGAUUCGAGGCGGACAGAAACACUAGUAGGACUAGCAUAGCUAGUACGUGAGCACAUUUCGGUACACAAUCAUGCUAGGUUAGCCUAUAUGCUGAAGACAAACAAAAUGAUGUACCUGACUGACAGAUCAUUGGCAGAGGAUUAGGGUUUAUUUAAAGAUGUGUAGCAAAGCCUGUUUGAAAUGAAGUGGAGGGCCUGAUAUCACUUCCUGUGGACCGUCCAAGGCAAAAAGCUCCUUUCCUUUGAACUAUUAUGGUGCUUUCCCGACCACGCAUUCACGUCCUUGAACUCAAACCAGCAUGAGGUAUGGAUUUGUUGAAAUACUGUAGACUAUGUACAAGCCAAGCUGACUAGUUGAAAGGGGCUGCCUGGCAAAGAUGCCACACAGUGAGAGACAAGCGAAGCAGGGAGUCAUGAGAGGGAAUGUGUCCUAUAGAAGCUACUGCAGCACAAUGACAGCCCUUACAGUACAAAUACAACAAGAUCUCGGAGGCCUGUAAGCACAGAUUCACAGAAUAACAGCUUAAAGAGGAUCCUCUCUGAAAUCAAAUGGAUAAAAAAGAGAUUCAUGAUGAGAUGGAGAAUCUUAGGGAGGAAAACAGCGCUGCACCAUGAUACAAAGGUCCUGCAAGAGGAUAAUGCUGUUCUGCAUGGAGUGCUCAAGGAAGAUAAAAGAGGCAAAGAAAGAAAAAUCAUUGAGCAACUUGUAAUAAGAAAAACAAAUAGAGAAAAUAAGUACAAGACCUAUAAACACAAGCUGAUGCAGGAGAGAAUACUACAGUCGAUGAUUCAACAAGAACAAAAACAACAUUAGAGCAACUUGGGACAUCCGCCACAGCAUCAUCAAGGAUUCUAAGAAAGCCGAUAUCAAUAGUUUAUUGAUAGAAAUGCAAACAAGGACAACGUGAGCAAAGUAGGCGAAAGCUUCAAUAAAUACUUUGAAAAUAUUGGACCAGAUGUGGAGAAAAGAAUCAAUUAGUUAAUCACUUUAGUAUUUAUUUCAAUAAAUUUCCUUUUGAUGUAAAAAGGCUUUUCAAUGGGUUGCGAAGUUUCAUGUUGAUUUGUGCACAACCUGGUUACUAUGUGUACUACUUUAUACUAGUACAGUAAUCCCUUCUUUAUCACAGUUGCAGUUUUUGUCGUACGAUAGAAAACAUUUUUUACACCACUUUGCACAGGCUACAGGACCCCUGCAGGGACACCAGAUGGCUGCCGCUAGCAUAGGAAGCCAUAGUUAGCCUCUCAAAUUUACUUCGAAAUGACAUUUGGUUAUAUGUAGUCAUCUCUCACUCUAUCUGGGGUUUUUCCAAAAAUAUAUUGAUUCAUAAAUGAUUGCUCUUUUUAUUAUUAGUCAAAAGUAUGGAAAGACAAGUCAUAUACAGUAUUCUUAUCACUAGGUGUUGGUAAAGUUACAUUGAUGAGACACGGAUUAUAUUAUAUACCAUGGCAUAGUGGAUCUGACAUGAUUUAGUAAAAAAAGUUCUCCCAUUCAAUGUGGAAAUGGUAUUUUGUUGGCUUCUUCCUUUGUUCUUCUUUUUCCUCUGUGUUGGAAACAAUUUCUUUAAAGGUGACCUAUGAUGCUUUUUCCACUUUUCUGACCUAUAAAUGUAGUUAGAAUGUUGUAUUCGUGUGUUAAACCAUGCCAACGCUUCAGGUAAUGAGGUUUGCGCAUUUGGAAGUGAGCCCGCAAAGAAGUUUGGGAUGGCUCAAAAAGCUCAGUUUCAAAAGGCGUAGUAAAACCGCCCCUUUGUGAUCUCAUUGAGGUGCGGACUUCCUUAUAUGGUUCAUAGUUAGGAAGCACGUUGGGCGUGUGACCAAUCACAGUGGAGUGGGCAUGCCCAAAUUAAAACAGACUGUUUUGGCGGGAAGCACAAAUCAAAGGAAAUACAGCUGGAAUAGGUGCAGAUUCAGCAAAAUCUAAAAAGUUUUCUGUGCGGGUUAUUGUGUGAAGUUGCUCUAUCAGAGACCACAACUCAACACAAAGGAUCGAUAAAUGACCAUAAUAGGUCCCCUUCAAGAAAAGGUUUCAAAUAAAUUUGAAAUCUUUUCUUUAUAUUUCUUAUAUUUUUAUCUUGUGUGUGUAUGUAUGUAUGUGUGUAUAUAUAUAUGUAUAUAUAUAUACGUAUAUAUACAUAUACAUAAUCUUAUAUUUCUUUCUAUAUAUUUCUUUAUAUGGUCAUUCUUACUUUGUCCUUCUUCCCCACUCCAUAGAGUCCAAAAAACAUACCACUUCCACAUGGAAUGGGAGAACCUUUUUUCACUCUAUCAUGUCGGACAUGGCAUGGACUCCAUGCUAUGUGGUGGUAAUAUAAUAUAACUUAAUAUUACAUUACUGAGGCCUAGUGACAAGAAUACUGCGUAUGGGCUAUAGUCAACCACAAAACAGCCAUCAACGAAUAUUUGAAAUAUCACGAUAGAUUGAGGGACCAAUGUUUGGACUGUGAUGUAGCGAGGGACGACUGUACAUGUAUUACAUGUAAGGUAUUGUAACUUGUAGAAGUGAAAUCAUUCAACAAGGUAACCGUUUGUGGUUGUCAGUCUAAUCCUUUUGAGAUGAUGAAUGUUACUGUUGCCUGCUGCUGCUGCUGCAUAUUCCAGGAACACAUUUACACCAACAGGGCACUAACAUUGUUUCCCGUUGUAUAGUUCCACUCUUGGUGCCAUUCUCUCUUGACAGAUGCAUGUGCCGCAAACAAUUGCAGACCUGUCUCACUCCUCCCACCGUGUGCUGGAGAGAUAAAGGUUGAGGUUUACUGGAGGCUGCUUGUCGUAGUGAUGUCUAUACCACACUUCUGAUGUAGAAAAUGUCUAGAAGCGGAUAUUACAUCUCUCCUGUAAUCACUCAUUUCUGAGCUUCGCAGCUUUUGCCAGGCGGCCGCAAGAGAAGCUCAUCCGUCACUCUCAAUCUGAGAGGACCCAUCUGUCUUCUCCUUGUUCAUGCGAAGGAACCCCUUUGUGGUGGAAGGCUGCUGUAGGAAAGGGUCCCGCAACGCACUUCAGGAUCUCUACAACCCCUCCCAGCCUGAGCUGUCCGGAGCAGCCAUCCUUCACCAGACCAGAAGGGAUCAAGUAGCGGAUGCGUGCCGGGUCCAUAGCGCCUCUAGCCGUAAGCGGAGGGUCCUCACGCCAGGAGACCUCAAACAUCUGGUGGUGGACGAGGACCAUGAACUCAUCUACUGCUAUGUCCCCAAAGUGGCCUGUACCAACUGGAAACGUGUCAUGAUGGUUCUCACAGGCCGGGGAAAAUACAGCGACCCAAUGGAAAUCCCCUCCAACGAAGCCCAUAUCCCGUCCAACCUGAAGACGCUGAACCAGUACAGCAUCGCCGAGAUCAACCACCGCCUCAAGAACUACCUGAAGUUCCUCUUCGUCCGGGAGCCCUUCGAGAGGCUGGUGUCCGCAUACCGCAACAAGUUCACCCUCAAGUACAACUCGUCCUUUCACAAGCGCUUCGGCACCCGCAUCGUGCGGCGCUACCGUAAGAACGCCACGCAGGAUGCCUUGCUCAGUGGCGCCGACGUCAAAUUCAAGGAGUUUGCCGAAUACCUCGUGGAUCCGGCCACUCAGCGCGACGGCCCACUCAACGAACACUGGCAGACGGUCUCCCAGCUCUGCCACCCGUGUCACAUCCACUACGACCUGGUGGGCAAGUACGAAACGCUGGAGGAGGACGCCAACUACAUCCUGAGGCUUGCGGGCGUCGGCGACUCCUUGCGCUUCCCCAGCUAUGCCAAGUCCACCCGCACCACCGACGCCAUGACGGCGCAGUUUUUCAGCAACAUCAGCACUCGGCAGCAGGUCCAACUCUACCAGCUUUACAAGCUGGACUUCCUCAUGUUCAACUACUCCACCCCAAGCUACCUCCGACUGGACUCAUAAGGGGGUCCAAAGUUGGUCCAACGGCGGUCACGGGGUUUGACUUUGACAUCCAAACAGAUGCUGGAAGAUUGUAGAAUGUCACAUCAGCUCAUUUGUAGUUAACGUUGAAGCAGGUCUUCAAGGUGUCUUCUCCCUAAUCCCAACACGUUUUCAAACAAAUUAGGAUUUGUUUCUCUAAGCUUCCCCCGGCUCAGUAGAGAAACACGUUAGAAGUCACAUGACAUGCCCACGCCUUGUCCUGCUGCCUCUAAGGAUGUGAUGUCAUAGCUGACAACACUUCCAUCCUCUAGGAAAUUCUGUCGGCCGCCUGCUGUACAAAGUGCCAAGUGACACUUUAAGGGAUGCCUGUGAACGCAUCACGCCAUCCAGCGGCUUGCAGGCUGUGUGGGUGUGCAGGUUUUUAAGACACUGGAUCUCUUGAACCCCGCCCACAGACCACAGGAACAAGAACCUUCUUCAUGCUUUUUUUUGUAUUUUAUUGUCUUCUGAAGCCUUGCUGCAAGACAGCAAGAAUUAUUUAAACUGCUUUGUCGACUAAAGUAUUUCAUUUAGUUUUCCUGGGUGGAAAUAUUGUAAAGUUGGUACAAUUUGUCAUAAUCCAUUGGGGUCGACGCCUCCUGACCACGCUGUGCUCAUAUCAGUUUUAUUUCAAUGCUGUGUCUCACAUGGAACACUGCCGUCAGUACACUUCAGUUAAGUGUACUUAGGUUUUGAGGAUGGUAAGUGUCCACUGCGUACUCACCAUUUUGAGCGAGUGCAACAUCCGGGUAGUGCCCUUUCUUCUCCGUUUGAACGCACUAAGUGCACUAAGUACACUGAGUGCACCAGUUGAGAGGCAGCACCAUGCAGUAAGUAUAUCACAUUUAUAAAUGGAUGAACAUGAGCGAUGCUGGGCAAGGUCAAAGUUAAUAAGAUCUCCCCAACACACUGUGAAGAAGUACAUUACAGGCUCUUAUGGAAGCAAUACACCACAGGCUUUUAUUAAAAAAAACAUCUUUGCAAAUUCAAAACCACUCCAGCUUCAGCAAGUUAUCAUUUUUUUGCACUUGACUACAGCAGACAUUGUUUUCAACAUGCAAUCGUCUUUUGGGGGGGGGUUAAUGAAUUGACUUAUCAGACCACCACAGUGUGAACUAGCAAGGUUUAUACACAUGUGACCUACACUGUACAUUAUCACAAGCGUCUUGUAUUGUCUGGAUCAAAAUCCGACAUGGUGACAAUGAUACAUCUUUCUGUUGUACCAGGCAGUAUUAGGGCCACACUAAUACAAAAGAAGUCAUCACUUUGGUAAUGUGUCAUUUAUAUGGACUUUUCUCAAAAUAUUUACACAUAAUAUUAAGACUUUAUUCCUGAAAUUUGACCUUUGUGGCCUGACAAAAAAGUAUAAAUAUUAGAAUAUAUAAUAGUAGGGGUGCUCCGAUCAGGGUUUUAUGCUGCCAAUUCUCAUCAUCCAGGACCAAUACAUAUGGAAUACUCCAGUCUACAAGCAAAAUUCUUCUGGAACAUAAUUAUUUUUUCUUGGAAAAAGAAAAAUUGAAAAAUGAAGAUUGCCUAUAGUUUUCAAGAUACAAUAUUGGGUCAGAAUAGGAAAUGUAUCCAAAAUAAGGCAAAAGCUGUAGUUUAUUAGAAGGUACAGCGUGUCUCCAAGCAACCAGUUCUAUCCGAAGGCCUGUCUGCACAUUCCAAUACAUUCAUUUUAAUGUCUACAGUUUUUACAUCAACUGCUUAGUUUUUAGUCGUAGAAAUCUUUGUCUCGAAAAUGGACAAAAUGCAUCAAUGUUUCCAGAGUUAUAAGCAGCUGGUGGCAAACCUUCUGAAGUCCUACAAAGCCCUUGGGUGCAAUAUGUCACUGGUCUGACUGAUCGUCUUUCGUGAUCUGCGUUGACCGGCGUUUUAUCAGCAUAUACCGGUCACAUGAUUUUAUUUUUUUCAAUGGGAGCAACCCUAAUUCCGAUAUAUUCACCUAUUUUUUUUCUUUUCACUUUAACUCCACAUCCACAUAAUAUUUUAUGGUAAGACUUGAUCGUAAAAAUGAUAUAUUUUUCUUUUUAUUGUGGCUCUCAAGAGACAGUGGGUGUUUACAAUUGUGUGAAAUCUGACAUUCACUUUUGAAUAAAAUUUGUUUCAUUUGUUUUUUUAUCACAUCAUUUUUUUCAGUGUGGCCCUAAUGCUUUCUCACACUAUAGACAUACUUCUACACAAAUCCCUCCAUAAAACAGUGUAACUGAGGGGGAAGCAUAUCUACCUGUACAUGUCAUGAGUGACCUUAGUAAGCAAAAAAAAAGACAAAUGAAUGCAGAUGGAAGAAUAGAAAUGACAUUUGACUUCAAAAUCAAAUCCAACUUUUUGAAGAAAGUGUAAAUGUCAGCACUGCUUAGUGAAUGGGGUCUACUUCAAAUGUUUUUCAUGAAUAUAUGAAAAGGAUGCCAACUGUGGUUGUACAGAUGGAAUGGAGACUAAAUGUAUCCGCAUUUGAUUUGUAAAUAUCAAAACUCCGCCUUCUGUGGCACCCCCGCAGAAAAAUAGAUUGGAUUCUCAGCAUGGCUUUCCACAACAACAACAACAACAAAAAAUCUAACUCAAUCCCUAUCCUUGAAUAGAAAUAAUUAUUUUGCUCCAACGAUGUCUAUUAUUAGACUGAAUGACAUAUUUGCUCAAGUCUUCAAAACACAUCAGAAGGGUUUUUUGUUGUAAAAUGGGAUUUUAUACAGUAUUUAUGCCUUCAUUUUGCCAUGGAUGCACAGAUUUGGUGUCAUAGUGGAACAAAGCAAAAAGGGUGAGGAAGAAGAGGAAGGAAGAGCUGAUAUGUUGUCAAACCCGAUUGUAUUGGAUCUUUCAAUGAUCCAAUCAGCAGAUCAUCACUUUCUGCUUGGAGACAGGACAGAUGAAAUGGAUUGUGGUUGGAUUGUUGUGAAACAUAUUGUUUCGAUAUUGUGGUUUGUAGUGCUGUUUGGAAUAAAAAUGACAACCGAGUUCGUCUCAUUGGUUUGAUUGCUUCGUUGGCUAUGAUUAUACACAUACAUAUAACGUACAUAUGUCAGUCCAUCAAACUACAGUCAUGUAUACACAUACAUAUGUGUGGAAAAAUAUUGAUAUAAAAUAUCGACAAUUUGGAGUCUCCAAUUAAC